AUGUCAUUCGUUGAUUCGAUAUGUAUCAAAGUUUUAAAUCAUGCAGCAAUCAUUUAUGGAAAGGGCAACAGAUUAAUUUUGCUAACCGGCAAAAAACAAAUUGUUAAUAAUAUUCAACCAUAUGAUAAGAUCCAUCAUAUCAGCUUUAUUAAACAAAACGAAGAUGCUUACAAAGUCGUUUGUUCAGCUGGAAGAGAAGUUCUUGUUACAAACGUCAUUGACAACAAAUUUUGUGAAAGUGUUUUAUUUAAAAUUUCCGACUGGAUUUCAUCAAUUAAAAUAUUGGAAAAUGAGUCAAUUAUUGUAAUGACAGCUCAUAGCUUAGUGUCUUUGAUUAAAAUAGUAGAAGGAAAACCAAUAAUUGAAACAAAAUUAAGAUGUGAAGAGAAUUCCACGCUUUAUUGUUCACAAAUUCAAGGAUCAUGUUGGAAUAAUUUGACAUUCUUCGGUGGUACAGCGCUUGGUGAACUUCUUGUUUGGAGAAAAAUUAAUGAGAAACCUCACAUAAUUCAUAGACAAUUCCUCCACAAUGGUGUUAUCUUUUCCAUUGAUUAUUAUAACAAUUAUUUGUUGACUUCUUCCGACGAUCGUUCGUUGAAAGUUCACAAAAUUUCAUUCGAUAAUAAUUCGAUGGAAUUAAAAGAAAUUAAACAACUUUUUGGUCAUACUUCAAGAGUGUUUACUGGAAAAAGUAUAAACUUUAAUGACGGAAUUUAUUUUGUGUCAACUGGAGAAGAUUCAAACGUUUGCAUUUGGAGUGAGAACGGAGAACUUUUGAGUAAGAAAAAUGUUUGCUCGUCAGGUGUCAUUUGGAAUUUUGACUAUCAAAAAGAGACUGAAACUAUCAUCACUUGUAGCAGUACUGGAAAGUUAAAUAAAUUCAAAUUGAGAGAAAUUUUAUUCCAAAAGCUCGACAAAAUUUCAAUAAAUUCAAAAGCAAAUCCAGCUAAAAUAGAGUAUUACGAAGAUUCUUUAAUUAUUCUCGACAGUGACAUGAAUCUUCACUUAAAAUCUCCUGGAAAGUCAUCAAUGAAAAUUGAGCAAACUGAAGAAAAUGUGAGGAAGUUUGUUGCAACUGAUUUGUAUGAAAAUCGCUUGUUUCUUGCUGCGAAAAGUUCUGUACUCGUUUAUGAGAUUUCUAAAGAAAGAAAUUUAACUUUUAUGAAAGAACUUGACAUAAAAAAUCUUCUAAAAAACUCAGUUGAUUUAAAUUAUUUAAGAUCCAUUCAUAGUUUAAGUAAAAGUCGUAUUUUUAUAUCUGAUGCAAAUGGCCUUUGUUUGGUGUUAAACAUCGAACAUGAAAGCAUUGAAAGAUUGUUGAAAAUUCCACAAAGUUCAGAACCUUGGACAACUGCAGUUAAACAAAUCGACAAUAUUUGGUUAGUUGCUGAUCGUGUUGGAAAUUUAUUUCUGUUCAAAGACAACGAAAGAGUGGAAAUUUUAAAUCCAAUACAAAAGCUUUGGAAGCUUCAUGGACAACUUGGAGUGACUAAUAUAAUUACACAAAAUGAUGGCUUUAUUAAAACAACUGGAAAUGAUGGCACUGUGAAAACUUUAUUUAUCGAUAAAGAUGAAAUUGAAAUUCGUCAAUGUCAACGAACUCUUGUAAAUUGGAUAGAAAAAGUUUGCAUCUGGAGAGAAAAAGAAUUCCUGCUUGGUUUUAAUGAUAAUUAUUUUGUGAUUGCAAACAAACGUCAAAUAAUUUAUGAACAUCGAUGUGGUGGUCGUCAUCGUCAUUGGGAUGUUUCGUAUGAUAACAUAAAAAAUCUCGUCACUUUCACUUACAUUCAGAAAAAGGAAAUAAAUUCAGUUCAAUUCUUUCUCAGUGAUUUUUCUUUUGAUGUUGACGACGAUGUGCUUUGGCAUGUAAAAGAAUGUAACGUGAUGAAAAUUGUUGAUGGAAAUGUUUUGAUAUCAGGUGGUGAAGACACAUUACUUAAACUUACAUCGUUUGAAGCUAUUGGAAAUGAAAUUAAAUUCAAAGAAAUGUUGGACAUCAACUCACAAAUAUCAAGCAUCAAAACAAUCGCAACAUGGAAGGAUCAAAAUGAACUUUUGAUUAUUUCUGCUGGUGGUCGAGCACAAAUUACUGUCACAAGAAUAUUCAACAUGAAAUACGCGAAAGAAGAAGUUAAUUUCAUGUUAACAAACUCAUUGGAGAAUGGAAAUUCAAAGGAAUCAACUUUAGAUCCUGAGACAAGAUUCACUUGCAUAUCAGUCGAUAAAAAUUCUUCUAAAGUUUACGUUGCAUGUUCUGAUGGAUUUAUAAGAGUUUUAAAUCUCACAAGAACAAAUGACGGGAAAUGUAUGAAAUUAGAAUUAUUUUUAGAACAUUUUUACGGAAAAUGUCUUCUACAGCUUCAUUUAAUUGGUGAAAUUAUUUUAACAAUGGCAACUGACGGCAUUGUUUGUUUCUGGAAGCCAAAAAAAGAUUUCUCUAAUCUAAAACUUAUCAAGACACUAAAACACAAUCAAAGUGGAAUCAAUUGCUUUGAUGUUUUUAAUAAAGGGAAUGGAAAUUAUGUAAUUGGAACUUCUGGUGACGACAUGGAAAUUCACAUAACAAAAUUCGUAAUCGAGAGUGAAAAAAUUGAAGUUCAAGAAACGAUUUUCACUUCUCUCGUGCAUACAGCACAAGUCACUGGUCUUAAAUUUCUUUCCGAAAAAAUCUUUUUCACCACAAGCAUUGAUCAAACGAUUUGUAAAUUAAAAAUUGAAGAAGAAAUUAAAAUUUUGGAUAGAAAGUUCAUUUGCAUUGCUGAUGUCAAAGGUUUUGAGUUUACUAUUGACAAAAUAUUUGCUUAUGGAGCCGGUUUGGAAACUUUACCUGUUUUUUAA